GAAGUGGGCUCUUUCCGCGCAGCCGUGGCGUCCCUGACAGCCGAGCAAAGCAAACGUCAGUUUGUUUAACAAUCACCGAGUAUAAAAAUGCUCCAAUCAUAAGAGGAGGCUUGCAAGGACAAACCCCAGGCUGAGCCCAUUUGGGAGGCCGCCCUCCGUUUAAGGACAACUCCUCGUUGGGACCUCCGGGGUGGAGAUCAGCCGAAGCCCCAAGAGGAAGAAAUAGCCCUCGCUUCGUUGGGGAAAGAAGCCUUUUCUUUAGCCCCAAGAGCAGCCUUGGCUCGCCCUUUCUUGUCGCCAUCUCUGGCAAGCAUGGCUGACACCUUGAGAAGACUAAUCCACAAUGAGACCUGCAGGAUUUUGCAGGAGAAGCUGGAAAGUUGGUAUAAAGACUAUUACAUUAACUCAUGUAAUAAAAAUUUGACUCAGUGCUGCGAAAUCAUGGAGCUGAAUUCUGUGAUCCAGGGACAGCUGUUUUCGAUUCUCAAUCAAGCGUGUCGAGAAGGUAUGAUGGGACACAACAGCACGUUGCCUGUUAAUAUUAUUAAGACAGCCUGUUCAAAUCUCUCACAAGGGGUUUAUUGGAGUGGCAGCCUUCAAGGCACUGCUCCCUAUUUCAUUGGUGGUGGUGGGGAAUCAUAUUUUUUCAAACUAGAGAAAAAAACCGUGUCUUUACAUUUAAAAGAUAUAUCUUUGGGUAUUAAAUUCUCUUGCAGUCUGGCAGAAGCCAAGUUGUCUCUUGAAGACACAAAGACCAAAUCAGCUACUACACUUUUGGCAGCAGAAGAUGAAAUUGUUCAGCUAAAAACAGAGGAGUCCUUCUAUGUAGCCAAGAAGGCCUUCAGACAGUUCAAAAUGCGUGUUAGGAAGACCCUGGCCCUCAGUUACUCAGGGUCUGAACCACUUGAAGAUAUGGUGAUGGAGUAUAUAAUUCGUCAGGAAGAUCUCUAUGAUGUUCAGUCCAGCGUCAGUGAAGUCAUCUGCGCUCUGAACAUCAGCCCUAAGAUUUCUCUCCCAGGCGUUGAUUUCAUCAUGAUCAGUAGCUUGAUACGAGAGUUAUGUCGGAUAGCUUUUUCCAUGCAAACUUUAGAUCCGCCCCUUGACGUUUCUUUUGGUACAGAUGGAGAGCUGUUCAGCGAGUACAA